AUGGCACCUCACGUUCAAGAACCGGUCCCUAUUCCAGUCUCCAAGACCAAGGGCGUAGUCGAAUACCACGACAAUGUCCCGAAGCCUGUCGCGGACGAUUUCAUGUACGACUUCAAGUACAACCACAGUCUGCCCACCACCGACAUCUUGGGCGUUGACAUCCCCGCCGACUGCGACGCUCAGAAGGAGGCCGAGGGUAUCGUGGCGCGUCUUUCUAAAGCCACAUUAGAGGGAGACGCGCAGGCGUUCGCUGCGUUAUUUCUUGAUUAUGGCGUGUGGCGCGACAAGCUCUCCUUCACCUGGGACUUCCGAACAUUCAACUUCAAAGACACCAUAUUAAAAGCCGCUACCGAUCUGCUGCCUCAGACUAAAGCCAGAAACUUCAACUUCCUCAAGCCUGAGCCUUCUGUGUCUCGCCCGUACCCUGACUUCUCUCAACUCCAAUUUAUUGUAUCAUUCGAGACUGAAGUGGUCCUUGCUUCCGCUGUCAUCAAUGCAGUCCUUACCAAAGAUGGCUGGAGAAUCUACACCAUGCACACUGUUGCCGAGAGCCUCAAAGACUUCCCUGAACAGUCUGCCCCAGAUGGACACAUGACUGGUAUUACUAGCUGGGAGAGCCAGAGAUCCGAAGCCAUCAACACCGCUGACCCCGAAGUCCUGAUCAUCGGUGGCGGUCAAAACGGCCUCGCAAUGGCAGCACGGCUCAAAGUCCUCGGCAUGGAAAACCUGAUCAUCGAACGCAGCGCCGAAGUCGGCGAUAUCUGGAAACAACGCUACGAAUACCUCUCCCUCCACUUCCCACACUGGCCCGACCACCUCCCCUACUUCCAGUACCCCCAGCACUGGCCCACCUACACCCCAGCGCAGAAGCAGGGCCUAUAUAUGAAGUGGUACGCGUCCGCACUGGAACUCAAUGUCUGGACCAAAUCGAACGUCGUCAAAGCCGAGCAGGACGAUCAGGGAAACUGGACUGUUACUGUGAAUAAAAAUGGCGAGACGCGCACACUGCAUCCUAAGCAGCUUAUAAUGGCAACCUCGCUCUGCGGCGUCCCUUACACUCCGUCUGUACCGGGGAUAAACGAUUUCCGCGGCGUGGUCCGACACUCCAGCGCGCAUUCGAGCGCGCGUGAAUUCGUCGGGAAGAAGGUCUGUGUUGUGGGGACUUCAUCCUCCGGCUUUGAUACAGCGUAUGAAUGUGCCCGUCUUGGAAUCGAUGUUACGCUGCUCCAGCGCUCGCCUACCUAUGUCAUGUCCCUGACGCAUUCUGUCCCGCUUAUGCUGGGUGGUUAUGCGCCUGAUAAGGAUGGUAGAUUGCCAGAUAUUGAAGCGCAGGAUCGGCUGACUUUUGCUACGCCUGUUGGGCCGGGGGAAGAACUUGCUAGGCGGGCUGCGAAGAAGCUUGAGGAGCUUGAUAGGCCGCUGCUUGAAGCGCUGAAUGCGCGUGGGUUGCGGACGUGGCGUGGCCAGCGUGAUACGGGGAAUUCCACACUUGGUCAGACACGGAAUGGAGGCUUCUAUUUUGAUGCGGGUGCCUGUGAUGAAAUCAUUAUUGGCAAUAUCAAAGUGGAGCCAGGGUUCAUUGAGAAGUUCACUGACAACAAGGUAGUCCUGAACGGUGGUAGGGAGAGGGAGUUUGACCUAGUAGUCUUUGCCACUGGGUUUUCGAACACGAUUGACUCGAUUCGGGAGACUUUGGGUGAGAAGAUUGCUAGUCAGUGCGGGCCGAUUUGGGGGAUUGAUGAGGAGGGUGAGUAUAAAACUGCGUAUAAGGAGACGGGGGUUCCCAAUAUGUGGAUUAUGGUUGGCUUCCUUCCGAUGACGAGAUAUGCCUCGAGGCUUUUGGCGUUGAGGUUGAAGGCGUUGAAGGAGGGUAUUUCUCCUCCGCCUUACAAGGUUUAG